AUGUCAAAUCUGUUCAAGCAUUAUGAAGUCUCUAUUUUGAUUGCACCUGCAAAAUUAUAUGGACAGAAGUCCUAUGAAUUCAAUGAUAAGGAUCAGGUCUCCUUGCCCACUGAUAAUUCAGUGACCUAUGAGGAUGUGCACAUUGACUUCACUGAGGAGGAGUGGGUUUUGCUGAAUCCUUCCCAGAAGAGUCUCUACAAAGAUGUGAUGCUGGAGACAUACAGGAACCUCACUACUAUUGGCUACAGUUGGGAAGACCGUAAUUUUGAGGAGCAUUGUCAAAAUGCUAGAAAACAUGGAAGAAAUCUUCAAGUUCACAAAAGAGCACAUACUGGCGAGAAGACUUAUGAAUGUAAUCAAUGUGAUAAAGCUUUUUCAAAACACUCUAAACUCCAAAUACAUAAAAGAACACAUACUAAAGAGAAACCUUAUGAAUGUAAUGAAUGUGGUAAAGUCUUUGCAUGUCAAUGUAGUCUCCAAAUCCAUAAAAGAACACAUACUGGAGAGAAACCCUAUACCUGUAAUCAAUGUGGCAAAGCCUUUUCACAGAACAGUAAUCUUCGAGUACAUCAAAGGACACAUACUGGAGAGAAACCUUAUCAAUGUAAUCAAUGUGAUAAAGCUUUUUCAAAACACUCUCAACUCCAAAUACAUGAAAGAACACAUACUAAAGAGAAACCCUAUGAAUGUAAUGAAUGUGGUAAAAACAGUAAUCUUCGAGUACAUCAAAGGACACAUACUGGAGAGAAACCUUAUGAAUGUAAUCAAUGUGAUAAAGCUUUUGCAAGUCAUGGUGAGCUUCACAGACAUAAAAGAAGACAUACUGGAGAGAAGCCCUUUGAAUGUAAUCAAUGUGAUAAAACUUUCUGGGAGCACUCUAAACUCCGAAUACACAAAAGAACACACACUGGAGAGAAACCCUAUGAAUGUAAUCAAUGUGGUAAAGCCUUUUCAUAUAUCAGUAAUCUAAAAACACAUAAAAGAAUCCAUACAGGAGAGAAACCCUAUGAAUGUAAUCAAUGUGAUAAAGCCUUUUCACAUUUUGGUAAUCUAAAAACACAUAAAAGAAUCCAUACAGGAGAGAAACCCUAUGAAUGUAAUCAAUGUGAUAAAGCCUUUUCACAUUUUGAAUGUGUUAUCCUUAGGACUAACCACAUGUUCAUAACAUUUCCUCAGAACCCCAGUGAAUACCAUAAUAUUUCUCAGUACAUAAAGUUUGUUGCUGCUGCUUGA